GGCGGUUCCGGUUCCGGUGGCUGGGCUGGGUGAGGGGGAGGCCGGAGCGAGCGAGGCAGAGCGAGGCCGAGCGACGGGCGCAGACUCCGCUGCCCCGACAGCGAGCCAGCAGGAGGGUGAAAAUGAAAGCAGGCUGCAGCAUUGUGGAUAAGCCAGAAGGAGGAGGAGGCUAUCACUUCCCGGAGUGGGCCUACAAGACUGAGUCCAGCCCUGGCUCCCGUCAGAUUCAGCUGUGGCAUUUCAUCUUGGAGCUCCUGCAGAAGGAGGAGUUCCGCCAUGUCAUUGCUUGGCAGCAGGGUGAAUAUGGAGAGUUCGUGAUCAAGGACCCCGACGAGGUGGCACGGCUGUGGGGCCGGAGGAAAUGCAAGCCCCAGAUGAACUAUGACAAGCUGAGCCGGGCACUCAGAUACUAUUACAACAAACGGAUUCUUCACAAGACAAAGGGCAAGAGGUUCACCUACAAGUUCAACUUCAACAAGCUGGUGAUGCCCAACUACCCGUUCAUUAACAUACGGCCCAACGGUGUCGUGCCACAGAGUGCCCCGCCUGUUCCCACUGCCUCCCGGUUCCAUUUCCCACCUUUGGACAGCCACUCCCCCACCGAGGAUGCCCAGCCCAGCCGGUUUCCCACAGGGCCCCUGGUGCCAUCUGGCCAAGAACCUUUGAGCGACAGCGGCGAGAGGAAGCCCGAUGUGCCUGAGCUGGAGGACGGCUCCUCUGACUGGCGGCGUGGCAUGGAUCUCAUGGCACCUCGCAACGCAGUGGGCCCCGGCGGCAUCAACCCUCAGAAACGCAAGCCAGAGAUCAUGCUGCCUCUCUUCACAAGGCCUGGGAUGUACCCGGAUCCUCACAGCCCUUUUGCCGUAUCCCCUCUACCGGGGCGUGGCGGGGUGUUGAAUGUCCCGAUCUCGCCUGCCAUGUCCCUGACUCCGACCCUCUUCUCCUAUAGCCCUUCUCCAGGUCUCAGCCCUUUCGCAGGCAGCAGCUGCUUUUCUUUCAACCCUGAGGAGAUGAAACACUACCUGCAUUCACAAGCCUGCUCUGUCUUCAACUACCACCUGAGCCCACGGACUUUCCCUCGCUAUCCAGGGCUCAUGGUCCCACCACUACAGUGCCAAAUGCCUCCAGAGGAGCAAACCCAGUUCCCCAUCAAGCUGCAACCUCCUCCUGUCGGACGCAAAAACAGGGAGAGACUGGAAAGCACUGAGGAGUCAGCUGCCCCCCAGCUUGCUACCCCUUCCCCUAGGGUGAAGAUUGAGCCUACGGUGGACAAGGAGCUGGAAAGCGAAGAGCUUCCAGCAAAAGGGAAAGACAAAGCCGAGAGGGAGGAAGGAUCUGGCAUGGCAAUGCAUAAUGCCACCCUGGAAGGAGAGAAGGGGGCUAUCUUUGCCAGGCCUGCUGCCCCGUCCUGGCCCCUGGCCCCACCAGCUUCCACCCAGGUAAAUGUCUCAGCUGAAGAGUCCCAAGAACAAGGGGAUAGUGGUGGAGAGAAGCCAUCCAGAGAGCCAGUAGGAGAAACCGGGACCCAGGAGAAGAGAGAGGAUGCCCUGAUGCCACCCAAACUGCGUCUCAAGCGCCGUUGGAAUGGUGACCGCCAGCCGGAAGCCACCGAGGAGCGCCAGAAUGGGAAGGUCCACUGGAACGGUGCGCUGGGUGCCCCACACCUGGUGGCAGAACCCAAGGCAGUGAUUGCCACGGCCACGUCCGACACCUAGGACCCAGGAGUGCUGCCGUCCACUUGGACCGACAGCCGUGUAUUUAUGUAGCGAGAUUGCAGAGCGGG